AUGUUUGCGUCCUCCUCUUCAUCUUCAUCACGUGGUGGUUGUUACCUGCGGAUACCUGGCGCGCGCACGACGUGGGCAAGUCCAAACUGCGGCACCAACCCGCUCUGCAGUCUCCUGCCGAGGACCUGCUGCACCAUGAGCAAAUCCAGCACUUUAAGAGUCAAGAACUUAUUUAAAUCCAAGUCUCUGGAUAAAGAGAGCAAGGAUGCAAAGAAGGCAGCGAGUAAGGAUGGGGUCUUCAGCAGCCCCGUGCCCCCCGUGUCCCUCCCCACGGGCCCCGGGGACCUCAGCACCCUGCCUGUGUCCCCCAGAGAGAAGAAGAGCAAAGGCAUGUUCUCUCUGAAACUCAAGAGGAAAAAGUCCAAGCAGAAAGCAGAGGAUGUGUUCUUCAUGGACUCAGGAGAGGACAGCUUCAGCCCUGGACACAUGUAA